CACUUUUAUAUAGUCAUCAUUUUCAAAUGUUGCUGUAAAUGAAAUACGAACACACAUAAGUAAUGAUGGAGUGUUAAGUGUUGACAGCACAAAGGUUAUUGUUGUUGCACGUAACAACGUUGAAGUUUUUGAACAUGUGGGAGUGAAAUUGUUGAGAUCUUGGAUUAGCAGCUAUUAUCACCAGCCUCUCACAGCGAAGCGGAGGUGGGGGCUGUAACUUGACCUUGCCUCUUAAUGGUUGUGUGACAAUGGUGCCCCGUCCCACUGGCCUGUCUGCCCCUCUGUUGUGUCCAUUUAUAACAUCCAGACACAGUGCAGAGGUUAUCCUGAGGUGCCAGCAAGCGCAAGGUGACGGGGUGCAGAGGAACAAAAGGCUCCUCUUAAAUGAUCAUUGUGUUCACAAGUCACAAUGGUGAAGACCAGAGAGAAGUCUGCGGGCCGUCAUGAGCAUUGUGACAAGUGUUACAACCUCCACUGUCAAGCCCCCGUGCAGGUUUCUCUUUCAUGCAGGAUCAUCAAGUGCCAUAAAAACUGUGGGGCCUCCUUCCACAUGUGCAAGCAAGAGGAACACCAGCUACUCUGUCCCAACGAGACGGUCCCCUGCCUAAACGUUUUCUACGGCUGUCCCCUCACCAUGCUGCGCCACAGGCAGGCCAAACACCUGGAGGUGUGUUCUGCCAGCGUGGUCUGCUGCUCGCAGGAGUGGAACCGCUGGCCCGUUUCGGAUACCGAUCUGACCUUCUACAAAAAUGUUUCCAAAAGCCUUCAAACUGAGGUGAACCUUGAUGCUGCUUUGGCUCUCAGGGACCAAGAGCUGCUGUUUCGAUCCAUCAAAAUGAAGAAUAUUUUCCCUGAGUUGAUGGUGCAAGAUAUUUCUGAUGGGGUCGACAAUCCUGUAAAAGAAGAGUCAUCCUGUUCUCUAGUUUGUUGUGAAUUUACAUCAAACGGCUGCACACCGAUGGAGGAAAGAGAACCGAGUCAAGAGGAGAGGGAUGCUUUGGCAACGAACAGGAAUGUAGAAAAUAUUCAGAACUACAACACCUGGGAGAAAAUAUUCAACAAGGAUAUGGAGGGUUGCAAGCAAACUGUCAACAACCUAAACAACAGGGAGGAGAGGGGAAAAGAAAAUGAAAAGGAAGAAUCAUCAAACUGUCAGAGAGAGACAACAGACUCACAUGUGAGCCAAGAGAAAUCUGCUCCAAGCAUGGAUGGUGCAACUGGCCUAGCGCCAUGGCAAGACGGGGUCCUUCAGAGGUUAGGAAAGGAAGUCAACAUAGCUGAAUAUAACAUGUAUCUGGUUCACAAUGGGGCCAUGCUGAUUAACUUUGGCCAACUUGCUGCAUGCACCCCCAGAGAAAAGGAUUUUGUUUAUGGCGGUCUGGAGCCAAUCGAGGUUAAAACUGUCCGAACGUUUAACGUUCCUAAAAGCUAUCGAGCAAAGCGCAGUCACUUGAAGGAUCCCGCACGCAAGGCCAAGACAACUCAACAAAGUGUUGACACCGCAGACCUUGGCUGUUCGCUCGAUGAUCUUCCAAAGUGCGACGAGGUUAGCACCACACUCCUGUGCGCCCUCGAAAAGGAACUGAAAGGACAUUUAAUCUCAGAGAGCUCGUCCGUCGAUGCUCUGUAUGUCGAUGUGGGAACACAGACUUACAACUUUGCCUCUGCUCCCUUCAGACAAGAUGCCUCACUCGCUGAUGUCAUCGCAGAAAAGCCUCCCGGUCUCUAUGUGCAUGUGGAAGCAGAAUCUGUCACCAGAAGACACAACAAAACAAGCUCAGCCUUCAGCUACAUGUGUGGCCACUUCUUCCGCCGCGAUGAAUUCCGCUCUCAUUUCAGGAAUGUGCACUCUGACAUACAGGCCUCUGUCAGCGGCUGGUUCCAACAACGCUGCCCCCUAGCAUACCUCGGCUGCACUUUCGCCCAGACCAGGUUUCACCCUUCAGGUCGCCCAGCAACAAUCAAAUUCUGUCAAGAUGUCAGCGCCUUUGUCCUCCGGCCUGAUGUCCCUUCACGCCACUGUGCAGACGGGGAAACCUGCAGCCCUCUGAGAAAUGCUAAACAAAAUCCAGAUCCCCUGAGCAGCCUGCCCCUAGAGAUCCUGCAGCAUGUUGCUGCUUACCUCGACAGUUUCACAUUAGUUCAGCUGUCCAAGGUCUCCCGUCUGAUGAGAGAGGUGUGUGCCACAUUGCUGCAGGAGAGAGGGAUGGUCUCCCUCAAGUGGGAGAAAAAGACAUACUCCCACGGGGGAAGCUCCUGGAAAUGUCGAAAGAAGGUUUGGGAGUUCAGCUCUUUGUUUUCCCCUGUGGACAGAUGGAGCUUCAGAGACACUCCCUCCAUGUCAGAGCACCUGAAAAGCUGCUCCUUCUACCAGAGAGACGAGCGCUCUGAGCCGGUGGCUUUAGCCUGCCCGGGAGAGGUCAUGGACAAAUAUGCAGCAGUAAAGAAUAAAAGAUAAUGCGCAUGGUCUCUGUGGGCGGACAACAACACGAGCUAGGCCGUCUUUAGAACCACCUAGACAGUAUAUGUAUGCGCCCACAUCCCAUCUAGUCAAUAAAGACUCUAUACUGUAGCCACUGUAUAGGAAAGGUGGACACUGUAUAUGUGACUAAUUUAAUGUGCAUCAACUGCAUAUUCUACCUAUUUUGAUGUUAUUAACUUCACCUUUUUAAA